GUACUUGUAUUUACUCGUAGUAUCAUUCCAUCCCCAUGUGUACUGUUUUCUUUUGCUAUUUUUGGGUUGUUUUUGCUUUUGGUUUCCAAAGAAAUCGGAUCCAUUUUCGCAUGAGUUUGUCUUAUUCAGCUUAAACUAUUGCAAUUAGUGACGCGGAGUAUUAUUCAAAUAUAUUACAUAUAUAAUCUGCGUCGAUAAAUUGAACUUUGUGACCAGUUGUUUGAAAAAAUCUGGAACGCAAUGCGUUCACUAUUUUUAUUUCCAUUUGCUUUACUGGUCAGCGUUGCUGCGCAAAAGCUGGAGGAGAUCAAUGUGAACAAAGUAUACCACUAUCAACCGGAACAAGUACAUUUGGCUUUCGGAGAGUCCACCCGCGACUAUGUUGUCACUUGGUCGACGCGCGACGACACCAAAACGUCAAUCUGUCAAUACGGGCUUGAAAAAUUCGAGUUUGUGCAAAAUUCCACUCAGCCACCACAAAAGUUUAUAGAUGGUGGCCAAACGCAUAGCACACAGUACAUGCAUCGGGUAACUUUGACCAACUUGCAACCGGAGCAGCGUUACAUUUAUCAUUGUGGCAGUCCGCUGGGCUGGUCACCACAAUAUUGGUUCCGCACACCGCCUGGGCAUGCGCAUUGGUCACCCACGCUAGCCAUAUACGGUGACUUGGGCAAUGAGAAUGCGCAGUCGUUGCCGCGCUUGCAGCAGGACACCCAGCGUGACAUGUACGAUGCGAUUUUACAUGUGGGCGAUUUUGCAUACGACAUGCAUUCGGAGAAUGCCGCUGUCGGCGAUGAAUUUAUGCGCCAAAUAGAGGCUAUAGCCGCUUAUGUGCCGUAUAUGGUGUGCGCUGGUAAUCAUGAGCAAACAUAUAACUUUUCCAACUAUCGCGCACGCUUUAGCAUGCCUGGAGGCACGGAAAACCUCUUUUAUAGCUUCGAUUUAGGUCCCAUUCACUUUGUUACCUUCUCCACUGAGCUGUACUACUUUCUCCACUAUGGCUUGAAGAGUUUAAUCUUUCAAUACGAGUGGCUGAUGCGCGAUUUGAAGGAGGCCAAUCAACCAGAGAAUCGCAAGCAACGUCCCUGGAUCAUCACAUUUGCCCAUCGUCCAAUGUAUUGUAGUAAUGAUAAUGGCAAUGACUGCUCGAAGCAUGAAACGGUGGUGCGUGCUGGGCUGCCAUUGAUGCACAUGUUUGGGCUAGAGAAAGUUUUCUAUGAGCACGGUGUUGAUGUGGCGAUAUGGGCCCAUGAACAUUGCUAUGAGCGAAUGUGGCCACUUUACGAUUAUCAAGUGCUUAAUGGCUCUUUGCAGGCGCCCUAUCAUAAUCCGCGCGCACCCGUGCAUAUUAUAACGGGUUCGGCGGGUAAUAAAGAGGGACGUGAACCCUUUUUCAAAGUGAUGCCAAAGUGGAGCGCCUUUCAUAGUCAGGAUUUCGGCUAUACACGCUUGAAGGCGCACAAUGGCACACAUUUAUAUUUCGAGCAGGUGUCAGAUGACAAAGACGGUCAAAUAAUAGAUGCAUUCUGGGUGGUGAAGGACAAACACGGCAGUUAUAUGGAAGUUUGAGGUCGGUGCUGAACAUUUUAGAAGAAGUUAGGCAAACUUUACAUACAUUUAAUCACGUGGCAGGCUGUGAAAUCGCCAAAUGACGCCUUAUAUCUAAUAUUUUAUUUACAUAUAUAUAUACGAUUAACGCAAUAAAUUGCGUAUUUUAUUUCUAAUCGCUUAAGUACAAAAUUAUACAUAUGUACAUGCAUGAAUGCCUAACACAUUUACCUUUAUACUAUUUUAAUGAUGCAAUCAAUAAAUAUGUAUGCUACUUUUACAUAUGUAUACAUACAAUUUUUAAGAAAAUAUAAGGCUGUGCAAUAUUUAUUGUAAUUCAAAAUUUUUUAAUUGAUCUAAAAUAAAUUGACUAUCGGGCAUGUGCUGCAAAUCGUACUAUUUUUGUAUAUUUUUAUGAAAAGUAAUAAAUAUCCAUCCAUCCAUAUCCAUCGAUUCAGUGCGAAAUUUUGCUUCUUUGUAAAUAAAUCUCUAAAGUAAGGUUUGCAAAUCAUACGAUUUGCCGCACAUGCCCGUAUAUUUGAAACAAAUCGUAUAAAAUCUUAACAUAUUUUUUAUUGGAGAAAAAUUGAUGCACAUAGAUUUUUUUUUAAAUAUUCAAGCAAGUGUUUGUAAAAAUUAAAUACAAAAAUUUAAUGCAGUUCAGCCAACUCGACUCUGAUUACCUACCAAAUGUAUUUUUACAUAUAUAAAUAUGUUAUAAUUAUAAAUAUAACGCUAUUUAAUCACACCAAA